AUGGAACCGAUCAUAAACAUUUCGAAUUCAGCUAAUUAUCCAUCACAGUCCUUCACGUCCUCAACGCCCAAUGGAAAGGAUGAUGAAGAUGAAGACGAACAUCUCAGGCAACAACAACAUGAACAUUUCUCUAAAAUUAAUAUUCUUACACCAUCAACCGAUAAAUUCGUCUCAUCUUUAUCAAUCGAUUAUUGUAACAACGAGCAACAACGGUUUGACGUUGAGGACAAACAUCAACAUCCUACCCCAAGUAAUAUCGAUAAUAUUUAUUCGAGUAAUGAUCAAAUUAAUUUUUAUCAUAUUAAUGAAGGAAGUCAUUUAAUAUCAAUUGAAUCAUUAAACCAACAACAACCACGAGAAAAUGGUGAUGAUUCAGACGAUACACAGUCAACUGACGAUUUGUAUACACCAUUAACAACAUCACCAACAAAUAAAGAAGUAUUGUUAAUUCAACAAUUGCCCCAGUUACAGUCGUAUAUAAAUAUGAGUAAUUCCAGUAGUGAAACAUCCCUAAUAAGACCAUUACUUGGACAAGAUCAGCAGCAUACAUUAUAUUGUGCACCGUCAUCCAUUGGAUCAAUUAACACCGGAGAAAUUGAUGAUAUUAAUAACAAAAAUAACAAAGACGAUACUACAACAAAUAGUACAAACUCCUUAACCACAACUUUUCGAUCAUUCAUUGGUUUAUAUAUAACUGAUAUGUUAAUAGCUGCAUUUAUCAUAACACCAUUGGUUAAUAUACACUGGCGUGGUGCUUGGGAUUUAAUUGAUAUUCAUUUAUUACCAAACAAUCCCAUCAUGAGUAGUUUAGCAUCAGUUUUAUUCGGCUGCGUUGUAUUAUACAUAUUUUAUUUACUCCAAGAUCAAUUACAAAGAUUGUAUGAAUUAUAUCAUCAUACUACGAGUGCACAAAUGAUGGCUAGAUUGUACACGCUAAUAAUUGCAUUUGCUUAUAUCAAUCAGUGGCGAGGAUUAUGGAGUCUACUAGACAUGACAACAGGUGUAUGGUAUUAUCUAGUGAUAGAAACAAUAGUUAGCAUCAUAUUCUUGUUAUUGAUGAAAUCGAUUUAUAAUUUGAAUUCGGCGCCAUUUCUAAUUGCUGUUGAUACGGAAAGUUAUUUUCUUAUUGGAAGUCGAUACACGUACUUUACACGAAAAAUUUGUCAAUACACGUUCGAUUUUAUUUUGGUUGAAUUUGUUGAAGCUCCAUUAUUAAUCAUCGCAUGGCGUGGACUCUACAAUCUGUCUGAUCAAUUCAUAUUCCCUGAAUCGAUUAUUAUAUCUAUGGCAGUGUCAUUUUUGAGUGGUUAUGCGUUAUUUUUUAUUUUGGCAUUUAUUCAAAUACCAGUUGUUAAAUGUUUAUUAAAAUAUGAAAAGAAAUGUUUACAUUCAUUAAUAUCAAAUGUAUUUCAUUUAUUAGCAUUUGUUAGUGUUGUACAAAUUUGGCGAAGUUUAUGGAUGGUUUGUGAACAAUAUUUAAAUAUUCCUGGUUAUCAUCAUUUAACACUGUGGAUAUGUUUUGUCGGGGCAUAUCUUGUAUUAACAUUUGGUUUAAGCAGUUCAUCUUUAAACGGACCGGGUGGAGCAAAAGAUAAUUAUAUUGAUAAUGGCCCCAUACUGUUAUUUAAAUUUGAUUAUUUUACUACACUGUUAAGAUGGUAUGAAAUUGUUACUUCAUUCAAAUCAACUAUUAAACUCAAGCGAAAACGUGUAUUUUUCAAAACAUAUCAAAAUUGUUUUUCAUCAACCGAGGCUGUCACAUGUAUGUUGAACAUAUUACAAAAACAUGCAAAAUCCUCUCAGGAAAACAUCACCAGAAGUCAAGCAGUGAAUUUAUUAAAUACGUUUUAUGAAGCAAAAAUUUUUUCUGAUGUUAAAGAUGAUCUCAAUGUCUCAAAAAAACGUUUUGUUGAAGAUGAUCGAAUAUAUAGACUUCUCCCAUCUACAGACGAAAAUGUAUUUCAAUCAUUCAUUCAACCACCAGAUGUUAAUAAACAAACAACAAAUCUUUCACCUUCACCAUCUUCUGUUUUUGAACUAAUGUAUGCUUAUGCAAAACAAAAGCGAAAAUAUUCAUUCAAUGUUCUCAAACUGUUUUCUCACUAG